AUGGGUGACUUUGCUUUUGUGCAUCACGUGCAGGAGAUUUGCAAGCAGAAUCCCAUUCCAUGGCAGGAUAUUGAUGCAUGCGUCUUUGUCCUGACUGGUGUGGCAUCACGAGCACCUGCAGGGCAGGAUACCGUGAUCCCGCGGCUCAUUGAGCUUUUGCCGGGGAGCUCGGAAGUUUGGGCUGGGAAGAAGUUCUCUGCAGGGGAAGUUGGGACCAGGCCACAGCUGCCGUACCCCACCGAGGGCGUCAAGGCUCUGCUGCUGCGGAGCGCUGCUUCGCGCCUGGUGCUGUUCACCUCAGGCAGAGCGGAACGGCCGAGGACCACGGCAGGUCUUGAAAAGACGGAGUGGGCGAAGAUGCAAGGCUACUUGGCCCUGAAUGAAGGUCCCUGCAAGGCGAUCUUGAAGUUUCUGGCCCUGCAGCACCUCCCGGCCAUCUUGCCCUUGAAACCCGCACAGGAUCCGGACGUCAAGAAGUACUGCGAAGCAUUGGCGUGUGAUGCCAUGAAGAUGGUGAUGACUGCAGCGCGGAAGACCAUUGUCGCAGCAGACAAUGGCACUCUGUGGAAAGAAGCAGUGAAUGCUGUGAUUGCCUUGGUCUCCGACGGCCGCUUCAGCGUGGACUGCCGGGCGCAGCUGGUCUUCGGCAUCGGUCAGGUCCUGGCGACGCUGCAGGAGAGCGCCCAAAGAACGAGCGCCGCAGUUCGUCACGCGCAGCCUUUUGCGCAGGUGAAGACCACCCGCGAUGGCAAGGCCCCGGUGGAGUUGAAGCUCUACAUUGCCUCAGUGUCCAGCGUGUACAACAUGCCUCCGAGGGAUCCUAGCUUGCUGCCGGCAGAUCAUCAUCCAGUCUUGGGAGUCGUGGAGAAACAUUUCGCGACCAUUGAGCGAGUGUGCAUCCAUCAUACCCACUACGAGGAGCUGAUGGAGCAAGCUUGCCUGGCUUUCAGUUACAUCUUGGGAUUUUCCAGGGAGUACGCGCCUACAUCAAAAGUCUUCGUGCCCAUGAUGAAGCUCAUGGCAAGAUGCUGCGAGCAGCACCCGCAGCCUUACUACAUGAGCUUGGUGCGCUCCGCCAUCGGCUUCUUCGCGUCCAACGCGGAGAAUCAGAUGGACGCCGUCCUGGUGGAUCUCACAGGACUCUUCAUUGCUCCAGUGGCCAGGGCCCUUUCCGCGGCCACCAGUGUCCAUGCGGCGGCCAAUGCCAUUGCGCCUCCCAUCAGUGGAGCAGCCUAUGAGAUGAUGGCCGAAGCUGUAAGGCACUGGAAUCUCUCACUCCUAGCGAUCAAUUCGACUCAAUGGAUGCCCGAAGUGCUGGACUGCACCAUCGAGGUGCUGCCGCGCCUCACGGAAGAGGGGCAAGCGAUGUACGAGAGGACCAUCACAGCCAUGCUGCGGUUUCUUCGCAAUGUGCUGCUUUGGGGCGAUCCCGAGACAUCGAAAGGGGACAUGGCUCCAGAGCUUUUGGAACUCCAAAAGCAAGCACAGGGAAUCAUGGUGGAACGGCCCUUGCCAAGAGGCACAGCCUUGCCUCGCCUUAUCCAUAGCCUUUCCAUGCUUCUGGUGGUGUCUGCUCCGAACAAUCCCAGCCGCGGAGAGGUUGUGCCAACGGUGGCGGAGGUGUAUCGGACUUUGUUGGUCGGUCCGUUUGAGUACGUUGCGUCUCAGCAGAUCCCAGCGAGCCUGAAGUCCUUGCCACCGCCAUGUUCGCUGGCACUCGUUGGUGAGCAUGAGCCACAGAAAGUGUUGCAGCAGCUGAAGAUGGAGAAAGGUGAUUCCCGGCGCUUCACCAAGACCAUCAUCGGUGUGGCCGAGCUGUUCGCUGUUGCGUUGAAGAGAGCGCCCGUCGGAACUUGA